UUAUUUCUAUAGACCUCAAUUAUUAACACUGAUGGAAAUAAAACUUACUGAAGGUUAACGUGUAAAAAAUUAUUUAUAUGAAUUAAUAUUAAGUAGUCGUAGCCGAUAGGUAUUGACAACACUUUUUUAACUGUGAAAUAGUUGUGUCACCAAACACUCGUCGUUCGAGAUUCGAGAAAAUAUUUUUACUUCAACCAAAAGAAAGUUGCAAGGAAACUCAAGAUAUUCUUGACUUUGCUCCUGGUUGAUUGUUUAGUGGAACUGAAUACCCAUUAAUCAAUCACACAUACUCAUCAUUAUUAUAAUUGCCUGAGAGAAGCUAGCUGCUGCUUCGAAGUCGAUUAAUAUGAAUAAUUUAAAUAGCACCGAUGACAUUGUCGAGUGCCCAUUGUGCAUGGAGCCACUGGAGGUUGAUGAUCUCAAUUUCUAUCCUUGCACUUGUGGCUAUCAGAUAUGCAGAUUCUGCUGGCACAGAAUACGGACGGAUGAGAAUCAGCUGUGUCCGGCCUGCCGCAAGGAAUACCCGGAGAAUCCAGCUGAUUUCAAGCCCCUCAGUCAGGAGGAGAUGGUGGCCUUUAAGUUCCAAAAGCGUCAGAGGGACCAGAAGCGUAAGCAGGAGAUCACCGAGAAUCGCAAGCACUUGGCCAACGUCCGAGUGGUCCAGAAGAAUUUGGUCUUUGUAGUGGGUUUGCCGCCACGGUUAGCCGAUGCCGAGAUUUUGAAGAAACACGAGUACUUCGGCAAGUAUGGUAAGAUUCAUAAGGUUGUCAUUAAUCCUAGCACUACGUAUGCGGGUGUGCAGGGGCCUUCAGCCUCGGCUUAUGUCACGUAUGUGCAUAAUCCGGAUGCUUUGAGGGCCAUUCAAAGUGUCAACAACAUUAUGAUAGAUGGGCGCCUUAUAAAAACCAGUUUGGGCACCACUAAAUAUUGUAGUCAUUUUAUGAAAAAUCAGCAAUGUCCCAAGAGCGAUUGCAUGUAUUUGCACGAGCUGGGUGAUCCAGAGGCUAGCUUUACCAAGGAAGAGAUGCACCAAGGCAAGCAUCAGGAUUAUGAGAAGCGUUUGCAUGAAGUACUCAUUGCCACAUCGGGGACAAGUACAGCGGGUGGUAUAGUAACAACAACGGUGGGGGCAUCUAUUUUAAGCAGCAGCAGCGGCGGUGGUAGCAAUGCCACAAAGAUAACGGAAUCCCAUAAACAUGGUGGCCUGAUUACGAGUAACUCUGCCAAAGCCAUUGCAAACUCAGCAAGUGAAGUGGCAGUUGGUAGUCAAACCUCUGCUGCGGUUUCGGUAGCUGCCGCUGCAGUAAAUGGUCAAACAACUGAGGCCUGGCCUUGUCUUUCUGUAUCACCUGUUAGUAAAAAGGAGCCACUGACCAGUGCCAAUGGUCCCAAAAGUAAAAAGGAAAGACAAAAACAGGAAAAGUGUAAGCUUGAGAAGAAUGGAAAAGCGAAGAAUAAGAAUUCCGCCUCCAAUAGCAAUAGCAAUGUGGUCCUUAUGGCAAAAGACAAUGUGGAAUUGCAAAAUGGCAAUGGCUCUCAAUCUAGUAAGGCCUCAGUGGAAAAUGGCUCCAUUUUAGGCAGCGAUAAAUGUAGAGCCGAUAAGGACAGAGAAAGAAAGUCCAAUUCACAAAGAAAAGAAGAAACGCCAACGCACUCAGAAGUGGAAGCAAAUAACAAAGUCAAGGCCAAGAACAACGUCGAUGUCAAUAUUAAAAGUAACACCUCACUUGCAAGAGAAAACAAAACGGCGGAUGAACCAAAUGUGGCCCAUAGUAAUAGUAGCAUUAGCAGCAGCAGCAGCAGUAGUAGUAGUAGCAGCAGUAGCACUUCUAACAGCAGCACCAGCAUCAGUACCAACAACAAUGGUUCUCUAAGUGAGAUAAUGGCUAGGCAAUCGCCAACACCUAAUCAAUUCCAUAAAAACAUUUCCCCUGAAGAGCCUGUCCAGAACACACAAGCGGAUGCGUCCUUAAAGGUUCCAGAGAAAUCGGAUUCAUGUCCAUUUACAGAGAGCAUUGAGAGAACUGCUGCUCCAGCAGAUAAUUUUUCGAUUUUUGCCCACCCGAAGAGAACUCCAAGUAUGCGGGAUUUACUCCAACCUUCCGCCUUCAAUGGUUUACCUUUACCAUUAGAUGAUAAUACAGAAAAGGCACCAACUGCGAAGAAUGGAGAUAAUCAGCUGUUGAUUCCUUCUUCAGAUAUGUCCAAAUUAAGUUUAUUCGACGACAAUAGCUUCUUUAGUCUAAACGCAGGGAAAAUGCAUCCACCAUCGCAGACCCCAUCAUCCAUGAUGCCGGGCUCAAACAAACUUCUAGACGAUCCCCUUCUCAGUGGACGGACGGUACCUAAUUUGCCUGAUCUGAUAAAUGGUAUCGAUGGCUAUCAGAGCAAUAUUAAUUGUACCAAUGACUGGGAGGAUGCAUUCAAGAGUGUUAUUUUAAAGACCAAUAAGCAAAUGGAAGAGAAACUGCAACAACAGCAACAACUUCAGCAGCACAUACACAACCAUCACCAACUGAAGCAGCAGGAGGAUUUGCGCAAACUUCAAGAGCUACAGAAAAGAAAUAUACUCUUAAAUUCGAUGCGAGUUUCACAACUGAACAGUGGUACUAGUGGCGCUUCACUUGGUGGCGAUUUGGGCAGGCAUUCACAUUUUAUGCCUCCUCAAAAUCCCCUGCUGCAACAUCAAGGAGUUGAAAACCCCCUUCAAAAUCCAACAUUACCAUUUGAAAUGAAUAUGUCGAAAUUUUUCGACUUUCACAAACAUCAACAACAGCAAAAAUUACAGCACUACGGUGGUCCAGGUGGCUUGGGAGUUGGUCUUAGUGAUAAUUUCCAUAUGAUGUCCCUGUUAGAAAAUAAACCACUUAAUUCACAACUCGUAGAUCACAAUUCGAUGCUAAACACUCAUCUGCAGCAGCAGCAGCAGCAACAGCAGCAGAAACAAAAACUCUAUGGUAAACUUGACCCAAUGAUGCAUCAUCAACAGUUGCAGCAGCAGCCACCCAACAAACAUAAUGCCAAUGUGCAUGGACCCCAAAAUCAUUUAAAAAAUCAAUAUUUGCAGAACUCCAAUGCCGAUGACGAUUUAGGUUUUGACCCGUUCAUUGAAACACAAAAGGCUUUGGCAGAAUUAAUAGAAAACGAGGAGGAACAACUUCAGCACAAUCAUGUGCCAACGUCACAUUCGAAUCCCAUAGCACCGCCUAAGCAGCAGAUAAACAACCAGCCCCAGCCACCAUUACAUGAUCCCAUGCUAGAGUAUAUGCAGAGGUUACGCAUGCCUCCACCAGGCUUUAAUCACCUUAACAGCAAUCUUGGAGGCUACGGGGCAAUAGAUCCUCGACUUCACACCAAUCAAAAUAGUAAAAUUUUGCCUUUUAUGAAUUUACCCGGCAACAAUAGUGGUGGAAAUCCUCCACAUAUGCCUCCCCAACAGCAGCAGCAACAACAGCAUCCCUUACAAAUGCCCAAUCCCAAUGUGUGGAGUAGUCACUUGGGAAAUAUGCCGCAGCAACAACAGCAACAAUCGAUGGGCCUACGCCAUGACAAUUGUAAUCAACCCCAAAAUAUUGGCAAUCAGAAAACUAGCUACUCGGGCAGUGAUUGGACAGCCAUGGAUCCGGCCAUACUUUCAUUUAGACAAUUCUCCUUUCCCCAACAGAAUCAGAUGGGCCCACAGCAAUUGCCUCCACAACAGCAGCAGCAACAACAGCCACAAGCUACACCACAAGACAUUUUCUUGCAACAUUUAAGCCAACAAUCGGGCUUUGGCGGACUGGGUGGUGGACCGCCAUCUCAGCUUGGUGGCAAUGGGGGCAAUAUGCCUAAUGCCGGUAUGCUGAAUUCCCAAUCACAACAUCAUAGCUCGCAAGGACACUUGAAUGUUGAUGCUAAUGUGCAAGGCAUGCUGGAAUUUCUAAAAACCCAUCAGUUCGUCUAGACUGACUGGAGGGCAAGCAACAACAAUAACAAAAAUUGCAACAGCAGCAAAACACAUACACACACACUACGAUAUAUCAAAAUAUAUAUAUAUAUAUAAAACGGCUUGUUUUUAUUUUAAUCUCUACUAAAUAUAUUUAACCAAACACACACACACUUGAAUUAUCGAUGCGAAAUUAACUUUUUGUCAAUAUUAUGUAAAACAAAUUAAUCAAUUUAAAUAAAAUUAUUCAACAGAAAA